AUGUCUGCCUCUCCUGCAGGUGCAAGCAUGCUCUCCAUCGCACCUUUCAAGAUCUCGAAAGGCCUCAAGCGCUCAUGUCGUCGAGAACGAGUCCACAACAGCUCGUGGUCGUACCUGAGCUCCUCCUCGCCUUGGGUUCGAGCCAACCCCAGCUCGUCGCAGCAUUCCUCGGCAAACCUGCUAAACAGAAACAUCAGGAGCUACGAGACAUCGCAAGCUGGGGAUGGAGGCAGCAAUCAACAUAGAGGGUGCUCUGAAGCGAACGAGGCGAGCAAGAGGAAAGAGCCCGAAGACAGCUUCUCAGAGACGAGAUCGCUGCAGCUUGACAAGUGGUUGCGGCAUAUCAUCACAAUGAGGAAGAAGAAAAUGAGCAUGAGAGAGAAAUCAGGUGCUAACGUGAACGAGCCCUCAAUGUCGCUGGAUGAGAAGCUGCUCAACAUCUCGAUGAACAAACACUCCGAGGAUGAGAUGAGAAGCAAGAAGGAAGAGAUUGAGAGAUCUAUCGUGGAUCAUUACAACGGCCGCUCUCCGUUCAGCAAUCACCUCACCAGCUAUGACACUGAGACCCUGCACGCUAUCGACGAAGUGAAUGGCCACGUCUCCUUUGUCUUGAACUUGUACCCGGGGGGUUUCUCCCUCCAUAGCCCGACUGACAAUGAGAUGCUGGCGGCUCCUCGAGCGUAUGAUCCCUCUUCCAAGAAGUUUCUGCAAAGUUUGGAUCGAGGUAUGCUUCCACUGGACCUUUUGAAGGAUCUGCAAGGCAACGUGGACUUCAAGUAUGAACAGGGUUGUAUCGUGGUGGAGGUGAGAGAUUAUCGCCAGCCUCGUCAGUAUGACCUCCGUCCGAGCACUCAUCGAAUGAUUCUGCGACCCGAUGCAAGCUCACUCCAACAAGACUUGAACCAGAUCUGGCAGAUUCAUGCGAACCUGUCGAUGGAAGACAUCCUAAUCCUGGAGAAGCUCUUGCUAGUCACAACGAAACCAACUCUCUGCUUGGACCCCAGCCCAUCAGUUCAAGUGGUAGCAAAUUACAUGAAUAGAAAAUCCAGCAGGCUCCAAGUUUGGCACCAGAGGCCGCCAAGACCGGUACGAUCCGAGUUCCGACAGGAGUUCGACGCUGCUGUGCUCAAACGAGCCCAUGCUUCUGCACAUCUCUUCAAUCGAGACACUCAGUCGAUGGAGAGGUUAGAAAAGUAUGCUCACCGUCGAAUAGUCCGAGACAGGGAGAAGUUUCUUCUUGCUCCUGCCUCGCGGGAUAGUUUGUUUGCAUCUCAAGCGAUGAAAGAGCCUCUUGACGAGCCAGACGACAAGAUCGUCGGGGGUGUUGUCCAGGAAACGUUACAUGGAAUGGCGAAGAUCCUGCGGCAUUUGAAACCGCGAGCAGCUCAGGAAGAUAACGAAGCGCAUAGGGAGAAGGCGAUCCUAUCAAGGAUCAAAGCUUCUUUGGCAUCGUCGUCCAACGAAGUUGAUUCGAACGGAGAUGAUUCGUCAGCCGACAACUCUCAAGACAGCGCGGCAGCAAACAGACUCAUCAUUCCCUCUCAGCCCCGAGGAGGAUUGCCGCCUGAGCGACAGAUGCGCUUCAAGAAGAAUCGACAACUCGCUACCAUCUGGAUCCAACUACGUGCUGCAUCUUCUUACCAUGUGAUGAUGAGGAUCGAUGAUAUUGGACCGGAUGGCAAGGCCGUAGAAGGAUCUCAAGCUGUCGUACACCCUCUCAUAAUCGGGAAUGGUCGAUUGGCGCAGCUGUAUGGAUCUCAACAAGUCAUGAUCAUGCAGCGAGAGGGUUGGACUUGCACGUUCGAUUCUCACCAGAUUCUAGCCAAGAGAGGAGCAGCUCAAGCCAACGGCACCGGCAACAGCGCGUCAUCGAGCUCGCACAAGGACGGGGACGUCAAAGUCGACCCUUCCUCGCUUGUCAGGCAGUCGCUCUCGCAGCCAGCCAGCAGCCAGCAACCGAGCACUGUCAAGACUGUUCAGCCUACGAGCUCCUCAGCUCCUCCCCCUGGAGGCUCAGCAGGAGCACAGCAUCGACCGCAGACAGUUCCAGCACAGUCUCCAGCUCCAGCGCAGUCGGCUCCCAUGCAGGCGAUGCGAAAGACCGGAGGCCCAACCUCCUACUCCGUUGGACGUGGACACAUGAUGGGGAUGGGAAAUGUGCAGGCGGCAUGCUUCAUCAACAUCCACAACCUGUUCCGAGCUCGCAGGCAGUGGCGCAUCGAGGAUACGGAGUCCCUCAGCAUUCGAUGCAUCCGCAUCCUCACUCUCAUCAGCCUCCUCAGGGCAUGCCUGCCGGUCAUCCGCAACCAGCUCGGAGCUACGGGCAAGCAGGACAACUUGGACGAGGAAACGUGCCUGUCCCAGGGAGACAAACUGGACCCCACGGCGUUCCUGAUCUACCAGCAGCAGCACAUGAUGGCCCGGCCUCCUCCACAGCAGAUGGGGGGGAUGGGAAGUUAUGCUGGGAUGGCAUGCGCUCCUCCUCAGAACAAGGUUGUGCCUUCCAAGUCAGCUCCUCCUCAGCUCCCUCAUCACAUGCCCAACAACCAGCAGAAUCCCAACGGAUGA